AUGCCGGGGAACAUGAGCAAAGAAGAUGCCCCGAGCCGAAGCGCUUCUCUGACGUUCACCAUUGACAACAUCCUCAACCUGAAGCAGCGGGACAGCGGACACCCGGACAGGUCAAAGCCGCAGAGGGACAGUGGAUGUACGGAUGAUUUACAGGCGCAGCAUGAUGAGGAGUGGGAAGUCCGAAGGAGACAUGGCAGCGGAUCAGACGAGACAGAAAAACAAGUUUGCCUUUACCGCUGCAUCAAAGCACGUUUUGUCGCUUCAUUCACAGCGCAAACGAAGCCCACAGUGCACCGUGCGGACCGCGGGGAAAACAGUCCGACGCUGACCUCUGGCUCCUGUCCCGGGGCGCAGAGUGCGCACACCGCCGAGGACGCCUCCGAGCAGCAGCAGCAGCAGCCCACCGCGGACUCUAAAGCCAUGGUCAAGAAGAAAACGCGCACCAUCUUCUCCAAGAGACAGAUAUUCCAGCUGGAAGCGACUUUUGACAUGAAGAGGUAUCUGAGCAGCUCGGAGAGAGCGUGCCUCGCCAGCUCCCUGCAGCUCACUGAGACCCAGGUCAAAAUCUGGUUCCAGAACCGCCGCAACAAGCUCAAGAGACAGUUAUCCACGGACAUGGAGGGUCCGCUGGCCGCCGAGCACCUCUCGGAGGCGAGCAAAAAUGUGCAAUUACCGACUUUUUACAAAGACAGCAUCCUGCUGGGCGGAUGUUUGUUACCCAUGCCUUUCCCUGUCCUGUACCCGACUGCCACCGCUGCGCCUUACAGCUACUUCUCCAACACCGGCAAAUAUGUUGGCCUGUUUGAUGCAGACUGAGGAUUUGCUCUGAUCAGAUGACCGUGUGUGGACAGUCGGACAUACAGUCUCCCCUGUUUGGGCUUUAGGCCUGUCACUUUUUUUUUUGGACUUCCUAAAAAAUCUCCCAAUUUAUAUAACAUAUUAACUAAUCCAAGACAUGCAUGUGCCAC